AUGGCUUUAUUUCAGACCAUCGGUGAGCUACCACGGAUGCAGCACGAAGUGUACAACCUAUGGAAAAGAUUUGCCCAUGCUUUGCCGUUCACUGUACUGUCUGACUGCAUUGGACCCAUUGUUCGCGGUGUCCUGUCAAUAUUCCCGCGGUGCUCGGAUGAAAUCAAACAGGAUAUCGGCCGAUUCUUGGAGGAGAUCCUGCACGCGUGUAAUUUGACCAUGGACCGUCUACUAGAGCUCCCCAGUAUCCAGCCCUUUGAAGAGCUCGAUAAGGUCCGCGAACUCAUUGAUCAAAAGCGGGACGACCUAUCGAUCGAACAAAGCAUCUUUGCCAUAUGCAAACGAGCUCGUAACGACGCUGCGUCAGACAUCUUGACAUUGGUCGAAGAACUCUUACGGAUCCUCAAGAAACACGGCGCGCUUCAUCCUGUCAUUGUACGCCAACAUUCCAUGCUCUACACGGUACUGCUGUAUCUGUCCAGGAAAACCGGUGAUAUCCAAAACAUCCGCAACCUUGCUGCUGAAUGUCUUGGCCUACUUGGCGCGACCGACCCGAGCCGACUCCAAGUCAGAGUGGUACAAAACGACAUGAUUGUACUCAAGAACUAUACGAAUCCAGAAGAGAACCGAAACUUUGUGUGCCACAUCAUUAUUAAGCACUUGGUGCCAGCGUUCCGAAAAGCCAACAACGAAGAAACCCAGCAGUUUGUCCAGUAUGCUAUGCAAACCUUGCUGCGAUUUGCAGGCUUUAAACACAGCACUGUCGUUGGCAGCGAAAGCCUUGCCAUCCAAGAACGCUGGAAAAAGAUGCCCACGAAUGUUCAAAACAUGCUCUAUCCACUGCUCGCGUCCUCUUUCACAGGCAACAUGCAGAUCCCUAUGCCUCAUUACCCGAUCUAUCCAAGUGCUGACAGUUACGAGACGUGGAUAAAACGUUGGUACUACCUAUUGACCAAGUCAGCAAGCGACGACAGUGUGAGAGACCUGUUUGCUGUGUUCACCUCCUUGGUGCAACGGGAAUUCUUUGGCUUGGCCUUGGACCUGAUCCCUCGUCUAGUCUUACAUGUUGCGCUGACAGGAUCAAAAGAAAAAAGCGCCGACGUUAUUGGUGAAAUACUAUGCGUGCUCAACGGCGAAAGUCACACGCCAAUGCAUACUGAAAAAAUGCAAAGAGAUGCGUUACAGGUGAUUGUAUUGACCACAGAGCAUUGCAGAAAAUGGAUCCGUGGCGCGCAGGAAAACCAUGUCAACAUGGAUAACGGAGACAUAAUUAAAGUUCGAAACUUUUUGGAGCAGAUUCCUAACGACAAGAUGGCCACAGCAUCAUUCCGUUGCAAGGCGUAUCCGCAAGCGCUGAUGCAUCUUGAGCUCUACUUGAAAGAAACUAUGUGGGAGCACGGCGGUCAAUUCACAUCUGAUGAGAUCAUGUUGUGUGAGCACAUGGGUGAUUGGAAUACUGCCAGCGUGAUGUACCGAAGUGUAUUGGACUCACCGGAGCAAGAGGCGACGGAAGACAGCAGAAUGCUAUCUGGCUACUUUAACUGCUUGAGAGCAGGUGGAAAUAUCGAGAUCAUGCAAAGCGCAGCGACACGGCUUAUGCGAUUGUAUCCACAGUUUCUCUCGCGAUUGAACGCCUACCGCGCUGAAGCAUCUUGGAAACUUGAAGAUUGGGAUACCUUGGAUGCCUCUCUUAAUCAACCGAUCGAACAAUCCUUUGAUGGUUCGCUAGCUACUGCCAUUGCACAUUUCCGUCAAGGUAACAAUCUGGCUGGACUUGUGAGUAUCGACAAAGCCCAAAAUUACCUCAUGGAUCAUAUGUUGUCAGCAAGUCACGACUCCUACCAACAGUCGUACGAUCAUAUCCUUGGCCUCCAGAUGAUCCAUGAGUUGAAACAAAGUCGGUUCAUAUGGGAAGAAGCUACGCGCAGUGAAAACUGUGCACCCAUCACUGAACUACGAAGCAAGUGGGAGCAGCAGUUCAAGUUUGUAGCGCCCUCGCAUUGCUAUCAAAUGAAGCUUCUGGAGCUUCGACAAGCAGCUUUGUUCACGCCUAUCGAUGACGGUAGCAUCUGGUUGACAAAAGCCAAAGUAGCAAGAAAAGCAGGCGAUAUGAACACUGCUUUAUAUGCAAUUCUCAGGGCAGAAAAAUUUGGCGCCCCUUUUGUUUACCUGGAACGUGCCAAGUGGUAUUGGGCAAACGAAAAAAAGCAAAAGCCAUCAAAUAUCUGCAAAGUCAAGCGAAUCCAUGCCGCCCUACUUCAAGCAAAAUACUCGGAAGAGUUUGAAAAGUUUGACCGUACCACGAUGCUAAGCUUAUAUAAAAGAGCCCAGAGGUUGGACCAAAACUGGGAGAAGGCCAUGUACUAUGUGGGUCGAUAUUACGACAAGAAUAUAUCGGACAAGGAUGCCAAGCAUGUCAUGCAAAUGAGUGAGAAGGACCAGCUGUGCAGUAACAAGCUAUAUUCGAGCUCUCCACCUUGGCUCAAAAUACUUUUAUUACACAAUGCCACGAUUCCUGACGCUCUGGCUGGAGUUUGGCGAUGUUGUCGAAGUCUAAACCUCAUAACCGAUACCCAAACACGUACCACUGCCUUUGAAGUGUUCAAAAGCAUCAAUACAAGUAUUCGAAACCAUUUGGAUGGGAUUCACCCUCGCCAGUUCGCUAUGGUACUUCCACGGCUGGUAUCCCGUUUAUCCCACCCCAAUGAAGAAGUUGGUAAUAUUCUUAUGAAAAUCAUUGGCAAAGUACUGGCCGCAUAUCCAAGAACAACAAUCUGGGCGUUGUUGCCACCUGACGAAUCAAGAAAUGGCAAGAUACGAGACCGUGCGCAAAUGAUAUGUGAUAAAGCCGAGAACGAUCCAACAAACGGCCGGCUACUUGCUAGCAUCAUUUCGCAAGCCAGGAAGUUUACGCGUGUGUUUAAAGCACUUGCAAUGGAAGAGCCAAUCACGGAGCAAACACACUACAGCACCAAGACGAUUCCAGGAUUAUCGGAGAUUGCGAACCUGGAGCUAUGCAUCCCAUCGCAAAAAGCCCUGCUUCCAGAAUUGCCAGAGGUGUCGACCGUUCCUUACCAAGGAAUUGAAACUGAGGAUUUGCCACGGAUCAAAGGCGUUUCUUCAAGCUAUGAAGUGAUGAGGUCGUUGAUGAAACCGAAGAAAAUUGCACUUAUUGGCACAGACGGCAAUACGUAUACUUUCCUGGUCAAAAAAGCUGAUGAUCUCCGAAAAGAUGCGCGUAUGAUGGAGUUCAAUCAUAUGAUCAACACAUUCUUGCAAAAGGACGCAAACGCUCGAGAACGAAAUUUAUAUAUCCGAACAUAUGGCAUUAUUCCGCUUGGCGAGAAGUGGGGUCUAAUCGAAUGGAUUAACAACUUGAACCCUCUCAAAGCAAUCGUCGCUCAAGAAUGGGCGUUACUUGGCAAAGACAUCAGGCAAAUUGCCACCCACGCUGGUUCUCUUUUGGUUAAUGCAAAAACACCUGAAGAGAAGGAAAAAGUUUUCACGAAUACUAUCUUGCCUCGAUGUCCCAAAGUAUUUCACAAGUGGUUCCUUGUACACUUUCCUGAACCUUCAGAAUGGUUCGCCAGUCGUUCACGAUACAUACGAACUCUGGCAGUUAUGUCCAUUGUCGGAUAUAUCCUUGGUCUCGGAGACCGACAUGCUGAGAACAUUCUCUUUGAUCAAACAAACGGCGACUGUGUUCAUGUCGACGUCAAUAUGCUUUUCGACAAGGGUGCCAAUUUGACCGUUCCUGAGCUUGUCCCCUUCCGACUCACUCAAAACUUAAUUGAUGCAAUGGGCAUACUGAAAGUCGAGGGCAUGUUUCGGAAGACCUGCGAGGUGACGCUAGACGUGAUGAGGAAAAACAAGACCCAACUUCUAUCAGUAUUUGAGACAUUGGGUCAUGAUCCUCUCGCAGACUGGCAAAAGAAGGCUCCCGGAAGAGCUAAGGAGGUCACCCGCGAACACCUAAAAAGAAUCGAUAACAAGAUUCACAACGGCCGCACCAUUGAAAGUGAAGUGAAGAGACUCAUUGCUCUAGCCUCCUCCAAUGAGAACCUCAGUCAAAUGUUUGUCGGCGAGAAGUUCAAGGCGCCUUUGUUGGAGCACUUGUCUCCUGCGACAGAACAGCGCAGAUUCGAAAAAGGAGAUACUCUGAUAUGCGAAAGCGUCGCACCUUGGUCCAGAUGUCUUCCCCAAUUGUUUUACACGGCAAGUCUAGUAGCAAAGACGGUCCAGGGGAAGUAUCCUACAUUCGGCGCUGCUGCUGUUGAUGAAGACGGUAACCAUCCUAAAAUGGUCUUGCUUGAACAUCUUGCACAAGCUCUCCAAUAUAUCGAAUCUUGGCAGGGCGUCUUUGACCGAACGGCUUUUGAGAAACGGUACAAACUUGACUGGAUUGAUGAUGAUGAUGUGGCCUGUGAUGUUGACUAUCACGACGAAAGCGACGCCAAGCCAAAAUUUUCAAAGCUAUCUAGGAGUGGUGACGCAUUGAAGGACCAGAGACGAAAAAAUGGUGGUCAGCAUAUCGUGCCCAUUGUAAAGCCCAUUGAAGGAACGAAGCAAGAAGACAGAAAAGAAGAAAAACACAAUGGUGAAACCAGAGCGGAUUUCAACGAUCCAGUCGAGUCGACAAGAAUGGGAAAAGGAAAAUUCAUCUGCAACGAACAACCUCACACCCGACCAAGAUAA